CUCCCCCCCACCCCCUUUCCAAUCUCUCUUCCUGCCACUGCCGCUGGUUGCUGCAGACAGUACUUGGGAGCUGCUGAGGCUGGGCGAAAGCAGGGCGGGCACCCAGAGAUGAGGAAACUGAGGCUCAGAGAGGGGAAGUGACUUAUCCAAGAUCACCAGCUCUGAUCGCCACCUUCAGCACAGCUCCCCCUUUCCCCUCCCCCCUUUCCUUUCCUUCCCUUCCUCCCCUAGAGGGAGGGCAAGAGCUGUGCGGGAGCCUGAGUGGAGCUGCCUGCCCUUAGCCCGGCCUGUGCUGUCCAGCCUGGCCUGGCCCUGGGCGUGGCUGCAAGACCAGGAACAUGGCUGUUGUCCUGAGCUACCUGUGGACACUCCUGUGGAGCCUUGGCCUGUGCAUUCAGAUUCCGCCAGAAUACCACAAGCACAUGAUGCAGCCCCCUAACAUCACAGAGCAGUCCCCGGAAAGGCUGGUUGUCUUCCCUACUGAUGAGAUCAGCCUCAAAUGUGAGGCCAGUGGCAAACCUGAAGUCCAGUUCCGCUGGACUAAGGAAAACAUCCACUUCUCUCCUGAGAAGGAGCCCGGUGUGAUCACACAUAUGAACUCUGGCUCCUUCACCAUCACUGGCAACAACAGCAACUUUGCCCAGAGAUACCAGGGCACCUACCGAUGCUUCGCCAGCAACAGACUGGGCACAGCUAUGUCCCACGAGAUCCAGCUUGUGGCUGAGGGCGCCCCCAAGUGGCCCAAGGAGAAGGUGCAGCCCUUUGAGGUGGAGGAAGGUCAGUCGGUGGUCCUGCCCUGCAACCCUCCAGCCAGCGUUGUGCAGCCCCGCAUCUACUGGAUGAACAGCAGGAUCUUUCACAUCGCACAGGAUGAGCGAGUGACCAUGGGCCAAAAUGGAAACCUUUACUUUGCCAACGUGCUCACCAACGACAGCCACUCGGACUACAUCUGCCAUGCCCACUUCCUGGGGGCCCGAACCAUCAUGCAGAAGGAGCCCAUUGACCUCAGGGUCAAACCCACUAAUAACAUGAUUUACCGACGGCCACGCCUGCUUCUACCUGAAGGUUUUACCAGCCGUCUUGUGGCUUUACGGGGCCAGCCCCUGGUCUUAGAGUGUAUCGCUGAGGGCUUCCCCACGCCCACUAUAAAGUGGUCAUACCCAAGCAACCAGAUGCAGGCAGGCCGAGUGACCUAUCAGAACUUCAAUAAGACACUGCGUCUGGUGAGGGUGGAGGAGGAGGACGAUGGGGAGUACCGCUGUUGGGCUGAGAACACCCUGGGGAUCGCACAACAUGUCUACUAUGUCACCGUUGAGGCUGCCCCGUACUGGCUGCAGGAGCCUGAAAGCCUGGUGUUGGCACCAGGGGAGACUGCCCGACUCAACUGCCAAGUCCAAGGCAGGCCCCGCCCCAUGGUCACUUGGAGGAUCAAUGGGGUCUCCCUGGAAAAUCUGACCAGGGAUGACAAGCUCAGGGUCCAAGGUGGGGCACUGAUCCUGAGCAAUGUGCAGCCCAAUGACACCAUGGUGACUCAGUGCGAGGCCAGAAACAAGCAUGGACUCCUGCUUGCCAAUGCGUACAUCUUUGUUGUCCAGCUGCCCACCAAGAUCCUGACUUCAGACAAUAAGACUUAUCAGGAAGUUCAGGGUAGCACUGCCUACCUGCUGUGUAAUGCCUUUGGGGUGCCCAUGCCCAACAUCCAGUGGCUAAAACGGGAUCAGACCACUGUCCUCCAGGAUGAACGCUUUGUCCCCUAUGCCAAUGGGACUCUGGCCAUCCGAGACCUUCAGACUAAUGACACAGGGUCCUAUUUUUGUCAGGCCGACAAUGAUCAGAACAGGGUUUCUAUCCAGGCUCAUCUUCAGGUCAAAGAGGCUACCCAGAUCAAGAAGGGUCCUCAAAGUCAGAUUGUGAAGAAAGGCUCAAAUGUGAGGUUUCCAUGCCACGUGGCCUCUGACCCCUCCCUGGCACUCCAAAUCAACUGGUACCGGAAUGACCAAGAUAUGAAGGACAUCUCUGAAGAUGACAAGUAUAUUCUAAAUGAAGAGGAGCUGAUCAUUAAAAACUUGGACUAUGCUGACCAGGGUAACUACAGUUGCGUGGCCAAGACUCUCUUGGACUCAGUAGAGAAAAAGGCUACACUGCUGGUGGUGGGGAGCCCUGGGCCUGUGGGUCAGCUGGAACUCUAUAAACAGAAGGAUUUUCAAGUGCAGCUUUCCUGGAGCCCAGCGGAGGAACAUAACUCACCCAUUGAGAAGUACAACAUUGAAUUUGAGGACCGGACCAUGGAGCCUGGAACCUGGUACCCACUGGCUACAGUGCCUGGGAACGAGACCUCAACCAGGCUCAAGCUGUCUCCCUUUAUCCACUACAACUUCCGUGUCAUAGCCAACAACAAGUAUGGUGCCAGCGAGCCAAGUCCCGACUCAGAGCCCUUUGUCACUCCCAAAUCAGUACCAGAGAAGAACCCUACAGAUGUCAAGGGCGAAGGGAAUGAGACCAACAACAUGGUCAUUAGUUGGAAGCCCCUAAAAUGGAUGGAUUGGAAUGGGCUGGAAUUGAAGUACCGAGUGCAGUGGCGUCAAAAAAAUGAGUCAGAAUGGCAGGAAGUUAUGGUGAAAGCCUCCAAAUUUGUGGUGCCCAACACACCCACCUUUGUGCCCUAUGAGGUCAAGGUCCAGGCAGUCAAUGAAGUGGGGAAGGGACCUGACCCCCAAAUUGUCAUUGGCUACUCUGGUGAGGAUGUUCCCCAGGCCAUUCCUAUAGUAGCUAUUGAGCUACUGAAUGCAACCACAGUGCGAAUCAAGUGGGGGCCUGUGGAUCUGAAGGAAGUCAGAGGCCAUCUUCGUGGAUACAGGGUGACAUACUGGUGGGUGAAUAGCCGCUGGAAUAGGAGCAAGAGACACACCCCCAAAAUGUUCAUGGACAGGCCUUCCAGUGCCACAGAAGCUGUCCUCCCAGACCUGCGGCCCUAUAGCAUCUAUGGUGUGCAGGUGCAGGUGUUCAACGGUCGGGGCCUGGGGCCACCCAGUGAGACCAUACAGUUCCAUACCGAAGAGGGAGUGCCAGACCGCCCACAGUCACUGCAUCUGCGACGCCUGUCGGACACAGCUCUCCAGAUUUCAUGGAAGCCCCCUCUCAACCCAAAUGGGGAACUCCAAGGCUACGAACUUCUGUACAAGCCCAUUAACCAGGAGGCAGAAGAGGAGCUGUCCCAGUUACUACCUGCCUCAAGCCGGAUGUUCAACCUGAGUGGCCUCAGCCCCCAGGCUCUGUACCAAUUCCGCCUUCGAGCUGCCACCAGAGUGGGCUAUGGUGAAAUGAUAGUCCAGGAGGGAAGCACCGUACUUAAAUCAGGGAUCCCAAUGUUUGGCAACAUCUCGGCUGUAGCCAGUGAGAACGCGAGCACUAUUUAUUGGUCUCCAGAGGAGGGACAGCAUGAUGUCACGUUCCAGAUAUGGUUCAAACCCUUAGGAGAUAAGAAGAAUCUCCUGCCCCAGCAUGUCAAUUAUAGUCAGAAAUUCUACAUUCAGGAGAACCUCGAGCCUGACACUCAAUACACCAUCUACUUCUUUGGCUACAACUACACAGAUGAUGAGAUGGUGCUUUUCAAGGAGAUGGAGGUGAAAACCGGUGGCACAGAUCGAGUGAAGCUGCAGCCUGGGAACUUUGCCACCAAGGGCUGGUUUAUUGUGUUCAUAAGUACCAUCAUCCUUCUCCUCCUCAUCCUUCUGAUCCUUUGCUUUAUCAAGCGCAGCAAGGGUGGCAAAUACUCAGUCAAGGAUAAGGAAGACACACAGGUGGAUUCUGAGGCCAGGCCAAUGAAAGAUGAAACGUUUGGCGAGUACAGGUCCCUGGAGAGCUUCUCUAUCCUUAAAUAUAGUGAUAAUGAAGAGAAAGGCUUCGGGAGUAGCCAGCCCUCCUUGAAUGGGGACAUCAAACCCCUAGGAAGUGAUGACAGCCUGGCUGACUAUGGCGGCAGUGUGGACGUUCAGUUCAACGAGGAUGGCUCCUUCAUUGGCCAGUACAGUGGCAAGAAGGAGAAGGAGGCUACUGGAGGCAACGACAGCUCCGGAGCCACUUCCCCCAUCAACCCCACUGCUGUGACCCUGGAGUAGUCCAGCAGUGGCCUAGAGGGAGAGGGGAACAAACCCUCCCACCAAGCCUACUUCCCUCCCCCUCCUAACUGAGGGAUUUCCUCCAUGCCACUCCUGCAGGAGCUCCCUGCCCUUACCCCUCUGUCCCUAGGCGGGUGGGAUAUAUGGAUUUGGGGGCCAGGGUGUCUCUGGAUCCCCUUCUCCUCACCCCUUCCCCAUAUAAUUGCCAAAAAUACAGUCCACUCCUCUCCCAUCCCUCCACCCAGGUUUGCCCCAACCCAGGGACUGACCCCUAGAUGUAAAGUUACCACAGCUGGCCCUACCCUAUGCCCCUUCUAGCUCUUUUCUCUGAGUGGUGACAGUUUGGGAGGGUAUAAAGGGUGAACCCCAAGCAGUGUCGCCCAGACCCUGUGACCCUCACCCUCUGGAAGGGCUGGGGAGUGGUUUGGGGUGGGGGAACCUGCCAGGCUGAUUUGGGGGAUGUGCAAAGCAGGCCUCCCUAGGACUGGGGCUAGAGCCUCAUCCCCUGCCUUGCCUUCUAGGCCAGGAAGGGUAUGCCAUUGGAUAGCUGGAAUGCCCCCCUCCCUCAGUCCCUUUCUCCUUAGUCCCUCUGCAGGUGGGCCAGGGCUGGGGAAGGGAGUCAGGUCUAUGGCUGGGCCCAUCUCCACCACUCAGAUGGCUCAAGAGAACCAAAUCCCGCCCCCCCCCAUACCAGACCCCAAACCCCUCCAUCCUCCCACACGCCUUCCUCACUUCCCCCAGGUCCCCUUCACACUGCUUCCAGGUGCAUCUCAUACACAAGCUGCCUUUGUUACACAUACAACGCUGGACAAGAAGCCGAGUGGCCUCUGUCAGUCGCCCAUCAAGCGUCUGACUCCCUCCUGCCCCAACCAUAUUCCUCUCCAUUCCGCAGUCUCUUGGGUUGGGACACAGAACACACAGACACAAGCUCUCCCCUAGUCUGUCACCUUCCCCCUGGUGCACCUUCUCCCCCUCCCCCCCCCCCAGCCAGUGCAUCCUUUCUCAGUGUAAAUACCUUGUGACUUUGGAAAGUUUGUAGCCUCUCUUCCUCCUCCUUCCUCCCCGCCCCCCCCCCCCCACUGCUAGUGUGUAGGCCCACGUCUGAGUCUAGGUGGUUGCUAGGUUUCCAUAGCGAUUAGCUUUGAUAAUCCCAUCCCAGGACAAGAAAAAACAAAAACAAAAAAAAAUGAAAAGGAGAGGGGGGAAAGUGGAAACUGUCACCCCUCCAGCAGCGCUGUCUCAGCCUCCGUCUGUACGCGUCCGCUUGGUCUGUUGACAAACUCCGAUGCCCUCUUUUUUAUAUAUAUAUGUACAUAUAUGACAGAAUUAUAACAGGCAAAUAAAAACCUGGAAAUGACA